CGCGAUGAACAGCGUGGGCGAGGCGUGCACGGAGCUGAAGCGCGAGUACGACCAGUGCUUCAACCGCUGGUUCGCCGAGAAGUUCCUCAAGGGCGACAGCGCAGGCGACCCCUGCGGGCAGCUGUUCAAGCGCUACCAGCUCUGCGUGCAGAAAGCAAUCAAAGAAAAGGACAUACCCAUUGAGGGCCUGGAGUUCAUGGGCCCAAGUAAAGGAAAAACUGAAAAUUCCUCUUGAUGUUGGCUGUAUGGGUGGAGUCACUAAUAGGAGCCUUUGGACUAAGCAGCAUCACCAGGUGUAUCACAGAUGCCACCUGGAUAAGACUUUUGUUAACUGAUUUCUAGGAAGUGAUGAAUGUUCUCUGCUUGUGAAAACAAACAGCUAAAAGAAAAAAACCUGACUGGAUCAUGUGGUAACUGCUGCCUCCUUUCCAGUGAAAGUGGUUCAGCAUCUAACAGCUUAAAAAUCCAUGUGAUCUAACUUCCUACUGAAUGUACUCGGUAAUGAGGGAAUGCUGGUUGGAGAUGGUUUCUUUGUGACCGAUUUCUUUUGCUUAUUUAUAUAACACUUGAAAGUGUUUAAAAAGAAUAUGAAAGGGUUAAUGCACUUUCUGUCAUCUCUGUUGCUGAAUUUUGGUGAAGAAGUUACUUUCAUGUCACCCUGAAUGCUGAAGAGCUUAAGCACUGUUUUGUGUCAGUUACAGAGAUGGUUUAAAAACACUAGUGGACCUGCAACAGCUUGGCUAAAAUAAAUAUAACCAGGUUAUAUUUUGUUUAAGUAGGUAACUGUGCAGUAGAGUCUGACUGUGACCCCUAGGAGGGAUGGAAGUGGCCUGCUCAGCAGCUGAAGAGAAGGCUUUUAAUGCAGGGGUUACUUUAACUUUUCCUGAGGUACCAACACAUCCAUGAACUUGAAUUGUCUCUCCUUUAGCAUUACACAUUUCUGUGGUUUGAUCCUCACAUGGGGAUGGGACAAAGCUUGCCCCUCUCCUUGCACCAACACAGGUGAAAGAGUAAAAAAUAUUAUGGCCUGGGGACAAAAGAUAACUUCAUAAUCCUAGAAUUACAGUGAGCAAAAAAGAAAGCUUCACUCUCUGCUUUUAAUUACUACUAAUUAUUUGAAGGUUUUACUUUAAAAAAGAAACAUCAAACUAAAAAAUACAGUUCUCAAACAUUACAGCUGGCCUGUCCACACCACAGCUCCUCACAGACCCCUGACACUGAGUCCUGUGGGCCUUGUGCAGAUGAUCAGAAACUGCUGCAGCCUGAGGCUGUUGUUCCUGUGCCAGUCACAUACCCAGGUGAGCCACACUCUUGUUCUCAGGUGCAGAGAGCUCCUACAGUCUCAGCACAGGGGUUUAAUACAGCACUGAAAAAACAGGCUGUUGGCAAAACGCUGUGUCACUCAGGUAUAAAUAAAACCUUGUCUAAGGAAAGGAGCUAUAAAUGCCAUUUUGGAGACAGUCAAAUAUGUAGCUUUUCUUUUUUAAGGAAUAACACACAAAACCAGUUUGCUCUUCUAUGAUCUUCAUGUAGGGCUAAAUGUAAUGUGACUUUGUCAGCUUUAACACAACUGUGCCCUUGUACUUCAACACAGGAAAACUGUCUCAGCUAUUUUGUACUGGUAAGCAAACAAAACACAUAGAAACAUGGGGAAGGGCCUCCUGCAGUACCCACUUUGAGAUUCUCUCUUGCCAUCCAUCACUCCUCUCAACAGUAAGAUGCCAAAGCAGCUGCUGUAUUCUACCUUUUGGGAAGAACCACAUUAAUGAUAGUUGAGAUAGAGCUCAGUUUCACAUUGUGCAAAAAAUACAGAAGUUAUAAUAAGAACUGGAAAAUGGUUGACUUGUAGCGAGCAAAAACUUGAAAACUUGAAAGGUUGUACUGGCACAAGCUCAGGCUGUUGGCUCACUUAUCCCUUCUACUUCCAGCAGCUUCUACAUAACACAGUACACAUUAUACAAACAUAAGCAGUAGAGCCAAAAUUGUGUUUUCUUCUGCAAAACCAGUGUGAGAGACUUUGUACAGACUGCAGAUUUAUGGAAAGCAGAGUGGUGAGCAAGAUAUGUGCUGAUGUAGCUGAAAAUUUGAGAGCUGAAGGUGAACAGUGUGAAGGCAGAGCUUAGCUCAACAUCUCUGCUGCCACUCCCUCUGCCAGAAGGGACCAAGAAAAAAAAUCACCUUCAUGACUGUUAAUAAAUAUUGCAAAAGUUGAUAA